CGCCUGCGCGCUGCCCGCCCGUAGCGGGCUGUGCAAGAUGGCGUCUGGGCCGCGUCGCACAGCGGCUGAGGAGUACCGGCCCAACCGCUUCGUUUCGCUGCCGCCCGAGCUCGACCCCGCCACUUACGACUCGUCUCCGGAGAAGCGCCGCGCUGAGGCCGAGCGCUUGGCCAUCCGAGCCCGGCUUAAGCGGCAGUACCUGCUGCAGCUCAACAACCCGAAGCCGCCGGCCAUCAUCGAAGAUCCUGCCUUGCUGCGCUGGGACUAUGCCAGGACACACAAUGUAUACCCCAAUUUCCGCCCGACGCCCAAGACGUCCUUCCUAGGAGCUGUAUUUGCGAUAGGCCCUAUCCUCUUCUGGAUAGCUGCCUUUAAAACUGAGAGGGAUUAUAAAGAGAAGCUUAUCCGAGAAGGUAAAUACGAGCGACCAUUCAGUGUUUUUUAGGUUGCUGGAAUCACAGUGCUGCUCUUGAGAAAGAAGUAAAUAAGAUGUAUUAUGUGCUGAUGUUUCUCCUUCAGAAGAAUAAAUCUUAAUUACUCCUCGAUCGUCUUCCAUCUUUAAUAAUUAUGGAGAGUGCAGCUGUAGAGAAUCUUUAUAUCUACUGCAAACAGAUACAGAGAGCAUGUCCUGAGCUCACCAGUUAACUCUUUUGAUCUGCGUGUAAAGAGUCCUUUUAAAAUGUAGAAGUUGCUGCUGUCAGAGCAGUUCAGGCUGAAGAUUAAAAUUAAUAGCAGGUUGAAAUAUUAAGCAACUCCUAUACAGUUUCCUAAAGAACAAUUGCUCAUUUUCUGGGUACUUCUCUUGUUGGUUUGACUAUAUAGUUUGCCCAAAUCAGGUAAUAGACAACUCCUGUUCUGUAUUCUAUUUAUUUAUGUGACUAACAGCAUUACCACAAAUGUGAUUCCUGUGUAGAGGAUCAAGAUCUAAAAAGAUGAGGCUCUUCUUUCUGGCAGGGGUUCCUUUGCAGUAUAGGAGAAUUCAGUUUCUCCCCUGGAAACAGGCUGUGAUAUUUAUAAUAAAUAUUUAAAAAGCA